AUGUCUAACGAGCCAAGAAUUUGGACCUUACAAGACUUCGAAAUAGGCAAAGCCCUAGGCAAGGGAAAAUUCGGCCAUGUCUACCUCGCCAGAGAAAAGCGAACCCACUACAUAGUCGCUUUAAAAAUGCUCAGCAAGAGGCAGCUUCUAGAAGUACUCACUAUUUAGUCACGCAUGGAGCGACAGCUUAGGCGGGAAAUCGAAAUCCAAUCCCACCUCAAACACCCCAACAUUUUACGACUUUUUGGCUAUUUUUGGGACGAAAAACGCAUUUAUUUGAUACUAGAAUAUGCUCCAAAUGGCGAACUUUUUAACGAACUCCGCAUUGAGAGGAAAUUUUCUGAGCCAAAAUCAGCAAAUUAUAUAGAACUUACUUAAAUACUUAUAGAGAACUCCUCUGCAGGCCCAAAGUCCACUACUCGCCUCCGUAUAACGCUUCACCGCUUGCUUGCCAGUCUGGGCAUGGCUUUCCACUGUGCUGCUUCUUACAGAUGAGGCUUGCACUUACAGCCCGAAAGUAAGAGACACUAGGUAACCAUGCCGUACGCCAAUGGGGUUGCUUUUUCCCAAAAUUCGAAAAAUCGAAUUUUCUAGUCAAGCUGUCAACAAAUGGAGCCUGGAGUCUGGGACGCAACACCUGGUAUCUAGCUAGUGAUUUGCCCGAUUGGCCAAGUGACAGUCUCUGGCCUUGUUGAGCGUCCCCUUUCCAACUCCAGGAGCCAUCUCUCCCCAUGAGGUAAAACCUUGACCUGAUGCUAGCAUGCAGUUGGCUAAACUCAACUAUUUGCUCCACCAAGCCAAGUAAACCUGGCGGGAUACGCAUUUCCGAUUGCUGUCCUCAGCUUUCUCAAUGAACCUAUCAGCUGCGGGGUGUUUAAGAGGGUAGGUUGGCUUGCAUAGCCAUUUUAAUACACGUAAAUUAUAUAGAACAAGUAAUUAAUGCCCUAAUGUGUUUGCAUGAAAACAAUAUAAUUCAUAGAGACAUCAAGCCAGAAAAUUUAUUAAAUUCUUGCGGAGUAAUAAAAAUCAGCGACUUUGGGUGGUCUGUGCAUGCGCCGACGACAAGAAGGAAGACACUGUGCGGAACACUUGAUUAUUUGCCGCCGGAAAUGGUGUGUAGGGAGGAGUAUGAUGAGUUUAUAGACCAUUGGGCGUUAGGGGUGCUAACUUAUGAAUUUUUAGUGGGGGAACCGCCUUUUGAAAGCAGAGAACCGAGAGAGACUUAUAGAAGGAUUGAAGGGCUGCAGUAUAAUGUUCCAAGUCAUAUAAGUGAAGAAGCUAGAGAUUUUAUAUCGAAGCUCCUGGCUUCCCCCUUUCACUGUAAGCAAGAUUAUUUUGUUUACUCAUAAAAGGAUUAAUUUUUUUUCUCAAUUUUGUACUAAAAAUAUUUGAUAAAAAAUCACAAUUUUUUUAAAAGAAAAUCUAAGAUUGUGCAAUUUGUCAAAAAUUAAUAGAAAUUACAAAAACUAUGCUUUUUUCCAUGAUUUUGCUCGCUCUUCAAGGUGGGGGUAAAGAGAAAUCCCUAUGAAAGAAUGAGCUUAGAAGAAGCACUAGAACACCCGUGGCUGGUAAAACACAGAAAUAGUAUGGUAUAA